UUUCUGUUUUGACCCAGCCAUCGAUGCCCUGGCUGCUUCUGUCGUAGGGCAAGUGGCGAGGCUGAAAGGCAGCCCUUGAGUUCGGGGGUCCGAUUGCUUUUCCCGCUUUGAGAAGGCGGAGGGGGUGGGUGAGCCUGAGCUGCUCCCCCUCCCCUCCCUUACAGAAGGAACCCAUAGGCAAAAUCUUCUCCGUGCCCUGCAGUUCUCACUGCACUCCCCGCUGGCCGCCGGGCAGGGCCAGCCAUCCUCCCUGCCAGGGCCCCAGGGCCUCACCUCGCUCAUCCCGAGGUGAGACGCGGGCCUCCCUUGCGGGGGACAAAAUGGCAUCGGGGAGAGGGGAAACCACUGCCCUUCACCUCCAGCUGCAGGGGGCUGCCAAGCCGAGCCCACAGCAGGCCUUGAAGAGGGAGGACACAGCCGCGGAAGAGAUGGGGCGGGGUGGAGUCACGCGCUUCCUUCAGAUCGGCUCCACCCGGGAGUUCUUAUCCGGAGAGGCUUCGUGCCAUGUCAAACAGGAGCCGGAUGAAUUAUUGCCGCCCCAUCACUGGGCUCCCCCCAGGCGGCAGUUUUCUCCAUCGGGGUGGAGAAACCCAGCUCUAGCCAAACCCCUGACGUGGGACAAUCGCUCUUUCCAGGCCCCAUAUGAGGCUCUGCCCAACCCGAGCCACUGGCCCUCGGGAGGAUGGGGAGGUGAGACUUUGGCCAGCCUGAGCAGGGGGACUCAAACGGUCUAUAGCAGCCAGGAGCACCGAGAACAGAGGAGCUACGGGGGCAUCAAGGAAGAGCCUCCGAACGAAAGGACGGCCAGUGGGGAGAUCCGGCGCCAGCGUUUCCGGCGGCAUCGCUACCAAGUGGCCGAGGGCCCCCGCGAAGCCUGCCGGCAGCUGCAGGAGCUUUGCCACGAGUGGCUCCAGCCAGAGAGACACAGCAAAGAGCAGAUCCUGGAGUUGCUGAUCCUGGAGCAAUUCCUGACCAUCCUCCCCCAGGAGAUGCAGAGUUGGGUCCGGGAACGGGGCCCAGAGACCUGCAGCCAAGCAGUGGCCUUUUCGGAAGAGUUCUUGGUGCGGCACAGAGAGACCCAAAGGAAAGAGCCACAGGUGAUGUGGUCUUUCGAGGACUUGAUGUUGAACCCUACCCGGCCACCACCUGUCCAGUAUUCUGUCAUGACACAGGUCCAUUACCCCACAGUGGCAUUGCCCAUGCAGUACCCACCCUUGGCACCACAGUCCCAGUACCCUGCCAUCGGACAGCCGGCCCCCCAUCCCAUUGUGGCGGAGCGAAUGCCAACCCACGCUCGGCAGAGGACGCUCGGCAGGAAGUCCGCGGCAGACGAUGGCGCCACCCUCCGCCCUUACGGCCCCAUCCAGGAGUUCCGGAGGCCCCUCACCAAUGCCGAACGGAUGAGGAACCGGAGGAUGAGGAACCGGAAGCAGCGCUUGGAGACCAGCAUGCAGCUGGUGGAGUCGGCCUCCCGGGCCCCCUCCAUGCUGUUGGACGCCAUGCGAGGCCUGCACUGUCACGACCUGAAGGCCUUUGACAUGGCCAGGCAGGAGGAAAGGCAGCACCGCAAGCAGGAACGGCGGCAGGAUCGAGCCACGGCGCAGCUGAUGGUCGACGCCAUCAAACGCUCCCACAGCCACCUGGGGGAGUUCCUGGGAAGGCAGACCUCUGCCAUGGCUGCCAUCGCGGAGGUCUUUGCAGGCCAGAAGUCACCUGCCCAGAGCACCCACGCCAACCACAGCUCUUACACAGCGUCCGGCCACCCGCCCUGGGGCCCUCCAGAGCCUGGAGCGCCAGUGCCGUCCGGCCACGUCCCUGGCAUGCCUUCCGAGCCGGUAACCGAUCCAGUCAUUCCCUGCCCAGUGCCUCCAGUGGCACUGCCUGGUGGCAGCAGUGACCCCGUCCUGGAGCCGUCUCCCACCGAUGGACCAAGCGAGGCUGUUGCGCCCGACUCCCCAAAGCCUUCCACUUCUGAUGCCACUUCCCGGGGUCUUGAGGCCAGGCCCAGCAGGGGCACCAAAAGGAAGGCGUGGGACUGAAAAAACCGAAACAAUCGCAUAGUUUUUUUUAGGCCAGUUUCAUUUCCAGUGGCCACCCUGGCAAAUCCCACUAGGUCUCCCUGCCCCCCUAGUGUGUUAGGAGGACAGCCCAUCUUAUCUAUGCAUAAGGAAGCACAAGGCAAAGCUUUAGGCCCAUAGGAAGGAUUGCUGCCGGGUUCCGAACCCAUGUGGUUGCAGAUUAUAAAAGAGAGAAAGCAGCAGAGAGCCUGAUCUGUCGGAGGUGGAUUCGGAGUGCAACUUUGGGGAAAGUUGCCUCUCCCCAUCUGCAAAAUAGAAAUAACCCACGUUUACGUAGUCACUUAAAAACAGAAACUCUAAAGGUCAUUUUACUUGUCUGGUAAUUAAAAGAUGGAGGUGGAAAUUGUAAGCUCUUCAAAUGACCAUAAGGGGCGCUAUUCGUCUUCCCAUUUCUCAAGUUACAAUUUAUUUAUUGUAUUUAUUGUAUAUAUGUAUGCA